AAUUAGUGAAUUGUCCUGAUAACAGGAAAGGAGGGCUGUUUUAAUCAUAUCAGGAGGUUGCUGCAAACUGAUGUGGUUUUAACACAAGUCGAAUAUGAUUUGCUAGUUCAUGAUGGUCAGCCAGAGGGAUGAAUAACAAAACUUUAAAUCACCUAAUUCUAAACAUCAGUAGCCUCGCUGCAGCUUCUCAUUACAGAUGUAUGGCAACACCACUCGCACUAUUCGAGGGGGUGCGCGCUACCCGUGCUUCGUUGGCUGUAAUAACUAGGCUACCAUGACCAAUGACUUCUGACAUUUGAAGAGGGUCUCUCAGCUUGCUCACUGAAUAGUAGUCUUUAAAAGAAAUGUGCUUGAUGACCCAUUAAUUUAUUGGAUCUACAGGCUCACUAAUUAUGCCAAGUCGCUCCCAUUUUCAUUGUAGUUUCGAGUAUUAUUUCCAGGUCAAAAUUUCAGUUUCCUGUGUGGCUUGUUUGUAGGCUUCUAAAAAUGGCCGGUGAUGGAGGCGCUCUGAAGGAUAUCAAUGAGAUUAAAUCCCAGUUCAGGACUAGAGAGGGUUUUUACAAACUACUGACCCUCUCGGAUUCACAACAACGAGGCGGACUACCUCGGGGUCUGUCCGCAGGUACCACGGUGGGCCCCGGGGGUGGACCGGGUUCGAUACCCGGUGGUGGUGUAGGUGUGGUGCAGGGGCCCGGAGCUGCCUCCAGCAAUGCCGCAGCCAACUCCUCUCCGGCGGGAUUCCUCCCUCCUGUCAGGGUCUCCAUGGUGAAGCUUCAGCCGGAGGACCCAAGCGAAGAAUCCGAGAGAGUGUGUUUUAACAUCGGAAGAGAGCUUUAUUUCUACACCUACACAAAUAUAAAGAAAGCUGUGGACCUCAGUAAACCCAUAGACAAGCGUAUCUACAAGGGCACCCAGCCCACCUGCCAUGACUUCAACCAGUACUCUGCCACAGCAGAUAGUGUGGCCCUCAUUGUGGGCUUUUCAGCAGGCCAGGUUCAAUACCUGGACCCCAUUAAGAAGGAGACAAGCAAGCUCUUCAAUGAGGAGAGGAUGAUAGACAAGUCCAAGGUAACCUGUCUGAAAUGGCUGCCCAAGUCAGAGAAUCUGUUCCUGGCCUCAUACGCCAGUGGUCACCUCUACCUCUACAACGUGGAGCACCCGUGUGGCACCGCCGCCCCGCAGUAUUCCCUGCUCCGCCAGGGCGAAGGCUUUGCCGUCUACGCCUGCAAGACGAAGACGCCCCGAAACCCGCUGCUGCGCUGGGCCGUAGGAAACGGAGGCCUUAAUGAGUUUGCCUUCUCGCCGGACGGUGUGCAUGUGGCAUGCGUGGGCCAGGACGGCUGCCUGCGUGUCUUCCACUUUGACUCCAUGGAGCUGCAGGGCGUGAUGAAGAGCUACUUUGGCGGCCUGCUGUGCGUCUCCUGGAGUCCCGACGGCAAAUACCUGGCCACGGGCGGCGAGGACGACCUGGUGACGGUGUGGUCGUUUACGGAGAGCCGUGUGGUGGCCCGGGGACACGGCCAUAAGUCCUGGGUGAAUGUGGUGGCCUUUGACCCCUUCACCACCAGCCUGGGGGACGAGGAGCCCAUGGAGUUGAGUGGCAGCGAGGAGGACCUACAGCAGGGGCCGCUGCACUUUGGCCGCGUGCGCACCAGCAGCACGCUGUCACGCCUCUCCCGCCACAGCUCCAAGGGCGGUUCGCCCUCCGUCACCUACCGCUUCGGCUCGGUGGGCCAGGACACCCAGUUCUGCCUGUGGGACCUGACGGAUGACGUGCUGUACCCACGGCUGCCUUUGUCCCGUGCCCUCACCAACACCUUCGGUCCCACCAUCCCCUCCUCUGUCAGCGGCACCAUCAACAACACUACAGGCGGAGGGAGUGGAGGGGUCGUAGGCGGGGUAGAGGGCCACCACCACCCCACCACUAACCCCCACCAGCCCCCCACCAUGCCCCUGCCACUCCCCCGCUCCCUGUCGCGCUCCAACUCCCUCCCGCACCCCGCCGUGGCCAAUGUCUCUAAGGGCCAGAGCACAACAGAGGGCGGGGGAGGGAGCGGAGGGGGCAACACCACCCCCUUCAGUAUCGGCCGCUUCGCCACGCUCUCUCUGCAGGAGCGGAAGUCGGACAAGUCUGGAGGGAGCGGGGUGGGCGGGGAGAAGGAGCACAAGCGCUACCAUAGUCUGGGAAACAUCAGCAAGAGCAACGACAAGAUCAACGUAGCGCCACGCAGCAGUCGCCUGGACGCCGCCAAGGUCCUAGGCACCACCCUGUGUCCGCGGAUGCACGAGGUGCCCCUGCUGGAGCCCCUGGUGUGUAAGAAGAUCGCCCACGAGAGACUGACCGUGCUGGUGUUCAUGGACGACUGCAUCAUCACCGCGUGCCAGGAGGGCCUCAUCUGCACCUGGGCACGGCCUGGUAAAGUGAACUUGACAGCACAGAACGGGAACUCUCCCAGUGGCACGGUAGUAUAGCUGGAAGUGGAACUUUGCACUCCCUCCUCCCCCACCAAACCCCCAUCAUGGCUGAAGAGGAGCCAGCAUCUGCACCCAAUCAUCACAGUAUUGCACCCCUGAUGUACCCCCUUGCCUCUCACCACUUCUCUUUAGAAAGACUACAAAGCAAAAUGUGGACCGUCCCUCUUUUCCCAGAAGCAUAGAGAAGGCAGACUCCUCUCCACCCUGCUAACACUACAAAAGUCAGUCAUUUUAUUUAUUUAUUUUACCUUAUCACAAGACUGAAGUAAUUUAUAUUGUAAAUAAUUAUACAAAUACUCUAUAAAUUCAGAUGAUAAAGAGUAUUGAAAUAAUGACUCAAGCGAGUGAGAAAAAUAAAAUAUUACUAUAUGUAGAUCCUAUAUUGUACAUAGCGACACAGUUAACAUUGAAUGUCUGCAGUUAGGGACCUGAAGAUGUAGUGUUUUUGUGUGAUAGAGGUCCCUGAUUUGUCGUGUCCCUUGAAGCAAACUGGUUUGGUUUGUCAAUAAAGAUGGACACAUUUAGGGUCUUCGGCAUCAAAGACUUGACCCUCGUGCAGUACAGAGAGCAAUCUUCCUAUGGCUGCUACUGGACUCUUCAGCUGAGACUGUCUGCUCCCAGGUAUUCUUGUUCCUAACAUGACAGCACAGAGUGACACACUGUACACAAGUCUGCUUUCAAUCAGUGUAGCUUCCAAUAGGCUCCAUUCCACUCACACCUGCAAUGCCUCUUGCAAGAUUUUGCACAUUCGACAGUCAUAAUUUUAGCCCACAGAAGGAAACUAGAGGCAGUUUGUCUUGUUGUGAUUUCUCUUUUGUGUUAUGUUAAUUUAUUUCAAGUUAUUUCAAGCUACUGAUUCUAACUGGACUGUAUUAUUUGUGGAUUCUCUGUACGUGAUAUCCAUGAUAUUCUACCAAACUGUGGGCCUUGCAUCAAACCAUUGUUUUACCUAGAAAUGAUUUUGUGUGGGUUGAGGUUAGGUGUGCUGAAAGGCAUGUGACAACAAAUGAGUCAAACCUACUAGUGUGACACCAGACUAGAAAUUCUGGUGGACCAACAACAAAAAAUGUAUGGAGAAGAAGUGACUGUUUUUUAAAGAUCUGUCCAGAUAAGAACACUUGGUAACAGAAACGUUUACUCUGGCAAGUUCAAGGGCCUACCAUCUUAUUAGUGUAUGUCCUAAUAACAGUUGUCAAAUAGCAAAAGGUGACACUAAAACCAAGACUCAAAUCAUUUAAUGUACACUGAAGACUACCAACUGACUGAAUGCCUUGUUCAAUACCGCAAGACAAUGGGAACUAACCAUUUUAUGCCAAGGGAAGAAAAUCCAUUCCAUUCACUUUUUGACUGUUUACAGCAAACCAUAGCAUGUAAUGUUUAAUUCAGUGUGCAUUAUACAUAUGCCUGAGGUGAUGAAGUUAGUGGCAAAUGAUAUCACAGUAUCAAGUUUGUAUAUGGAGAUCUGUUAAUAAAAUUCUAAACCCAAAUCCUACCUGUUAUUCUCAGGCUAUCUCCAUCUUAUUGAUUUGCAAUAGGAAUAUCUAAAUCUAAUUCAGUUUGUUGUUAUAAAUACUCCAGGUUAAUUAUCACGAGGUUUAUCUUGUCGUCCAAGAUCUAUUCACUUGUUACCAAAGUUUAAAGUUUUAUUUUCCAUGACUUUGAUAAAUGUGAAGAUUUAUGUUUCUUGAACAUUGAAACCAUGUUGUGAUUUUCAUUAUCUCCGGCACCCAGAACAUUUCACUUGUGCUGGCCAGCUACUCAAUGUAUUUGUUAAAUCUUGCAUGAGAGACUGGUUUUCAAAACAUGCCAGAGAAUGGUAUCUGGUAGGGAAAUAUUACAUUUAAAGAAAGAGCAAUAAUGUAACAUGUUUGAGUUUUCUUGUAAGUGUAGACGGCACUGAGUUUUAUUUCACUGGGCUAUAACGAACACAUUUUUCACCAACAGGUUUCUGCGCCAGUGCACCAAACAAUCUAUAUGCAAAGUAUAGUCCUGCAUACCGAUUACCGACUUUGGGCGCUUCAAAAUCAUGGUUUGCGUGGUUUGCGUUUACAACACCACAAUCAAAUCGACUACUGUAUGUCAAUCUCGACAAAGACUAAAUACAUCCUUCCCUACCUUCUACCAAGUAUCGAAGGCUUGGCUUGACAAUAUCCGAAUGUUAUUAAACCUUUAGGUGUUUUGUAGCGGAUAUCUCUUUCCAUUCGUCAGUUUGAAAGCUGGAAUUAUAUUGGAGUGGCGAACGUGUGUGCAAGUAGCCUACAGGAGACUUCUGAAGUGGCCUAAUCAGAUGAAAACAUUCGCACUGGGCACACAUUUAAAUGUGGAGAAUUGGGUAAUAACUUAAAGAACACACAACACUGAAUUUAGUAAUAUUUGGCAGAAACGUUGAUCGAUCAUAUUCCAACCUAUUUUCACCCACUCAAAAAGACAGCAAAAAGUUUGUUGAAUUCCCAAUGCGUUAUCACUCUGCUUUCAACCAUAUAAAAGCACAACUAAUGGAAAGUCAAUGUCGAAAAUGUUUAUUUAAGUACAACUAACUGUUUAAUCACUGUUCUUGAUCUAAUAGCACAACCAAAUGACCUGGAUUGCAAUUAGUUGAGAUGACAUUAAAGUACAUGGUGCUAGUGAUCAAUGCCGUUUGAGAUUCUGUGCAGAUUAUUAUAGCAAUUGUGAAAAUUUCCACAGACCUGCAACCCUGAAC